AUGUCACUGACGCAAAUUUCAAGAACAUCGACCUCUUACCAAGAACACAACAACCGCAAGAAGGUGCCAUCUGUCACAAAGGCCCCUCUUCGCCGCGUCCUGAUGGGUGGCGACGACGACGUCGACGAUGCCGCGCGAAGGGCGGCAUGCCGGCAGAUGAGCGAGGACGAGCUGCUGGCGCUCGAAGCGAUCUUGGACAAUGCGCAGCUGCAGCUCCAGACCCCUCGAGAGGGCGAGGCCUCGUCUUCGAGGGUCACGCUGUCGGUCUCGCCCAUCCUGCCCCGGCCCAUGAACAUCGUUGUGCGAAGCCACGUCUUCGAAGCGGCGGCGGAAGGUCCUGAAGAUGUGCAAGAGGCCGCUACGACGCUGGAGACGAUGGAGCUCACCUCCGACGAGCCUGGGUCGAAAGAGACGCGCUCCUCGACAGCACAUGAGCGUGGGCUAGAGCAAGGCAGAAGCAGCGGCAGGGGUAGAGAUAGGGGCAGAGGUCGCGGAAGGGAAGUUGGAAGAGGCAGGGGAGCAGAGAAACCGCAAGAUCGGGGGAAGAAUGAGGGGAGAGCAGCUGCCGUGGCCCCGGAAAAGGACAACAAGACCCCAUCAAUGCGGCCCCCGCCGCUCAGUGCCAAAGCACAGAUCCAUAGCAGCGUCAGGACGACUACUCUGCACGACAUAUCGUAUCUUCCCCCAAUAAAGGUGCACAUACGACUGCCGCCCGGCUAUCCACUCGACGAGGCGCCCAAGGUGGCCUUCAUCGAGUCAAGCUGGCUUCCUCAGCUCCAUCGGACCGCCAGUGGCAACGGCACUGCAGCCGGCUCCACAGCACGAAUGAUGGCGGCUCGGGCCGCAGCGGCGUCAAGCGCCGCACGCUCGCGGUCUCGAAUUGUGGCCUGGCUCAAGGCACGGCUCGAUAGGGAGUGGGAGGGGCUCCAAGCCGAGGUCCUCUACUCCUGGUUCGAAUUCCUCCGGCAGGGCUGGUGGGAAGAGGAAGCAGAUCCGAAGAAGCCCUUCUUUGAAGGCGAUACCCUGUGCUUUGAAGAGUAUGUCACUCUUCCAACGUCGAGCUCAUCUCCCUUUACAUCGUCACUUGGUCAGCUGAUGCGGGCGCAUGACAUGAUGUCUAAGCGCCAAGCCUUUGAGGGCGAGAGGCGCUUCUGCGGCAUCUGUCUCGACGAAAAGAGAGGCGGCAAGUGCUGGAGACUCAAGACGUGCUCCCACAUCUUCUGCCAAGCGUGCCUGGGCGACUAUCUCUCCAGCAUGAUCCGCGAGGGCUACCACCGUCAGGCAUCGGCAUGUCCAGACCCAGAGUGCGUCAAGGCCCGUGUUGCGGCCGAGCGCGAAGUGGCUGAAGCGAGCCUUCUCGACAAGCCUGCAGUCAGGGCGCAGUGCGAUGGCGGGGGCGCCAUUUCCGACGAAGAGCUGCUCGACUUUGUGGGGCGAGAACUGGUCGACCGCCUGAAUGACUUGCGCGAAAAGGCAUCGGCAGCGUCAGACCCCUCGGCUGGCUACUGUCCCCGGCCUGGAUGCGAGCGAAUCGUCCGCGGCGAUCCGCGCGAUAUCGGCACAGUGUACGAGCCGAUGCGGUCCUGCGCAUGCGGCUUCGUAUACUGCAACUACUGCAACAAGGCCUGGCACGGUCGGAACCCCUGUACCUUUCUCGCUUCGUCCGCCCUCGUGCAGGCCUACGUCGCGACGCAGCCAGGCUCGGCGGCUCGGCUGCAGAUGGAGAGCCGGUACGGCCGGUCGAACCUGGAGCGCAUGGUCAGGACACACGAGGAGGAGAGCGCAAACGCGGCCUGGCUGGACAAGCGCACGCAGCAAUGCCCGCACUGCAACGUCAGAAUUGAAAAGAGCAUGGGCUGCAACCACGUCGAGUGCCGCCACUGCCACACCCACCUCUGCUACCGCUGCGGUACCCGGCUGAACCCGCGCGAGCCAUACCGUCACUUUAACACCCUAGGCACGAGCUGCUACCAGAAGCUCUUUGAUGGCGAGCUGGGCAGACCGGACGACGGCUUCGUCCAAGGUGGUGACCGCGAGGGGGCUGCCGAAGAAGAGGAGUGGCUCAACCCGCUCGACUUGAUAGACGAGGACGAGCUAGCGGCGUGGGAGGCCGAGAACUUCUAGACCGCAUGUAUUCUGUAUCAUUCUUCCCCUUGCAAUGCAACGAACGCACAGUGUCACC